CUUCCCUCUCCACUCUCCACUAUGGUCUCUCUCUUUCAGCUUCCUUUUAAGCAAGAGUUUGUUAACAUAUCUGUUUUGAGUUUAUCAACACAAGCUAGCGAGAUGGCUCGCUUGAAGUCUCUGCCUCUCUUUGCAUUCCUACUUGUUCCGUCUUCUAUUGUUCCUGAGAGUCGAGUAGCAAGGAAGGAGUUGGGAUUAGACUUAGGUGGUGUGGGAGUUGGAAUUGGUGCUGGUAUUGGUCUUGGCUUAGGUGGCAGUGGGUCAGGCUCAGGCUCUGGUUCUGGUUCUGGUGCUGGAUCAAGUGCUGGGUCAUCAGCCGGUUCAGGUGCUGGCUCAGGUGCUGGUUCUGGGUCUGGGGCUGGUUCAGGCUCUGGUCGUGGUCAAGGACGUGGAGCUGGAUCCGGUUCAGGCUCUGGUGAAGGACAAGGACAAGGGUUUGGUUCUGGAUAUGCUGUGGGCUACGGGGAGGGACAUGGCGAGGGUCGUGGUUCGGGAAAUGGGUCUGGUUAUGGUGAAGGUCGUGGGUAUGGGUCGGGUUAUGGCAGCGGGCAUGGAAAGUGAGGCAAUGUGAUUAUGUGAUAUACUUACUAUAUCUAUAAAUUGGUAAGGUCACCAUUUGGCAUAUAAAAUAAGGUGAUAG